AUGCCUUUGCAGGAGAAGACCCUGCUAGAAGUGUGGGCGUCGGACAGCAGCCAUGAGGAGGAAGGAUCGAGCGCCCCUGGGGCCCAGCGGCACGUCCAGCAGCCACCUGCCAGGGGACAGAAGUUGAGGAAGAAAAGGCCAGAGGCCCCUGAAUCCCCCCGUCCCCUGAGAUCCAAACCCCGGAAAGCUGGAGCGGGGCGGCGGGGAAGGGCCCCUCGGGAGGAGCCGGCCCCGGAGACACCAACCAUCUAUGCCAAGUUCCUCAGGGACCCAGAGGCUAAGAAGCGCGACCCCCGGGAGAGCUUCCUGGUGGCCCGCACCCCCCACAAGGAGGAGGAAGAGGAGGACGAGGAGGACGACGAGGAAGAUGACGAGGAGGAGGAAAAGAAAGAGAAAAUCCCUGUGCAGCGUCAGAAGCCCCCUAAGGAGAGGGCCCCCGAGGACGCCAAGGAGAAACAGAAGGCGAAGGAGGACAGGCCCCCAUCCCCGCCCCUGGAAGUGGACGAGCCCCGGGAGUUCGGUGCUGGCAGCCCGCGCCCAGGGCGGACCGUGCGCUGCCGCCUGACCCGGGACAAGAAGGGCAUGGACCGCGGCCUGUACCCCUCCUACUUCCUGCACCUGGACUCCGAGAGGAAGGUGUUCCUCUUGGCGGGCAGGAAACGCAAACGGAGCAAGACAGCCAACUACCUCAUCUCCAGGGACCCCACCAACCUGUCCCGCGGAGGGGACGAUUUCGUCGGGAAGCUGAGGUCCAACCUCCUGGGGAACCGCUUCACCGUCUUCGACAGCGGGCAGAGCCCGCACCGCAGAGCCAGCGGCGCCAACGUGGGGAGCCUGCGGCAGGAGCUGGCCGCUGUGAUCUACGAGACCAACGUGCUGGGCUUCCGGGGUCCCCGUCGCAUGACCAUCAUCAUCCCGGGCAUGAACGCAGACAAUGAGAGGGUCCCCAUCCGCCCCCGGAACGCCAGCGACGGGCUGCUGGUGCGCUGGCAGAACAAGACCCUGGAGAGCCUCAUCGAGCUGCACAACAAGCCGCCCGUCUGGAACGACGACAGCGGCUCCUACACCCUCAACUUCCAGGGCCGCGUCACCCAGGCCUCCGUCAAGAACUUCCAGAUCGUCCACACGGACAACCCCGACUACAUCGUGCUGCAGUUCGGCCGCGUGGCAGAGGACGCCUUCACCCUGGACUACCGCUACCCGCUGUGCGCGCUGCAGGCCUUCGCCAUCGCCCUGUCCAGCUUCGACGGGAAGCUGGCCUGCGAGUGA